UGUAAAUGGAGCAAAUUUUUUCACAGUUGUAAUAUUUCUGUGUAUUUUGUUGACAGCAGUGAAGAUGAAGUAUUAUCAUGAACAUCAUCUUGAAGAAAAAUAUGUAUUGUAUGAAAGAACACCAAAAUUCUUGGGGAAAGUUGUUAAAAUAGUAAACAUGAGAUGAUUUUUCAAGUUUUUCAGUAGUUUCAGUACAAGAUGUAAGAUACCAGGCUGAAUCUCUGUCAUAAAAGUCAAAACUGUUUCCUGCUUGAGUGGUUAUGGGGUUAUCCCUAGCUGUUUGAAGAACAUGAUAGAUGACAUUCUGUCCUCGGUGAGAGACAUUCAGUAUUGAUUGGUUGGUGGAAACUACGAGCUCCAUUAUAAUGGAUUAAGAAUAUUGGGAUUGCCCAGUUAGACAAACACUAUCAAAAUAAUUAGAGGUGAUUGAGUGUUUGGAGUUACUGAUGCUGAUAGAAAAGUUAAUGUGACAAGUUGUGGAAGAAUUGUGUAACCAUGGCAGCAAGAAGUGAUCCACCUCCUACAGGCAAAUACACUUUGUUCAGAAGUCAGACUGGGUCAGAUUUUUCGGACACAUCCAGUAUGAGCGAGUCAAAGCACUUGUUUGAAGAUGAUGGAAAAACAGACAAGGAGCAGACCAAUGUACCUAUGACAAGUUUCAACUUCAUCAACUCAAUAAUAGGAUCUGGUAUUAUUGGUAUUCCCUUUGCAUUGAAGCAGGCUGGCUUUGGACUUGGCAUUAUAUUACUAAUUUUGGUUGCCAUGAUAACAGAUUAUUCAAUAAUUUUACUGAUAGAAGCUGGAAAACUGUCAAACACAAAUACAUACCAGGACAUGAUGCUGGUGGCAUGUGGGAGACCAGGGUUUUAUCUUCUCACCUUUCUACAGUUCAUUUACCCGUUCAUUGCAAUGGUGAGUUACAAUGUGAUAAUUGGUGACACCAUAACAAAGAUCAUAGUUCGGAUAGGUGGGGAACAUAUAGCUAACACUGUCCUGGGCAGUCGAGAAUUUAUCAUAUUUUUAGUGACGUUACUGGUGACACUACCACUAUCACUGUACAGAAACAUAACCAAACUUAGCAAGUGGGCAUUUGUAUCUCUGAUCCUGGUUGGUGUCAUGCUGUUGUUUAUUUGUGUACGUCUUGGAACAUUUGCAAUUAAAAUCCCAGCAACAGAGGAUGCCUGGACCUUUGCAAAUGUGAAUAUAACACAGGCCAUAGGAAUAAUGGCUUUUGCCUACAUGUGUCAUCAUAAUACGUUCCUAAUUCAUGCCUCACUGGAGAAUCCCACCAAAGAACGGUUUAACUUUGUCACACAUGUCAGUGUCAUGUUCUGUAUGAUGUUUAUGCUAGUGUUUGGACUUAUAGGAUAUGCUUCUUUCACUGGCUGGACUCAAGGAGAUUUAUUGGAGAAUUAUUGUCAGAGUGAUGACUUAAUGAAUGCAGCAAGGUUUGGGUUUGCGUUCACCAUCAUGUUAACAUACCCUAUAGAAUGUUUUGUCACCAGAGAGGUUGUGGAGAAUGCUUUAUUCCCUACCAGUGAGCAGUCUCCAUUGUGGAGACAUAUAGUUGUAACAGUGGUUAUAAAUGGACUUGUGUGUGCUCUGUCUAUGUCUACAGACUGUCUAGGUAUUGUGCUCGAGUUAAAUGGAGUUAUGGCUGCAGCACCGCUUGCAUUUAUUAUUCCACCGUUAUGUGUGAUGAAGCUACGCCAAGAACCAAUCUGCUCCAAAGACAAUAUCAUUCCUAUAUUUAUUACAACAUUUGGUAUUUUGGUCGCAGUUAUUGGAUUUAUAAUGGCAGUUUUAAACUUUUCUGAAGGGAAGCAAUGUAGUCACGGGAAGGACAUAGAAUAUUGUAUAAAUAAGGAUAUUUUAUUGACAAAUGCCUCAGAUAGAGCCAGUACCCUAGCAGCAGCUCCUUUAUAAAGAGGAGAUUUUAUAUAAAUAUUGAAUAUCUGUAUAAUUCCAAAGAAUUCUUUUUCUGUCUGUUGAAGAUUUUAUAAAUGUAUGUUGUGGUCAUUUUGGAUUGCCAGUGUGUUUUUCUUAAGACAUUGUAUUCUUGACAGGAUAAAAAUGUUUGUAUUUAAAAAUGAAAGUGUUAUCUUGAUCCUAAACUCUAAAUAUUUGAACAAUCCUUUUUGUAACAGAGACCACUUUUCUGUGGUACAACGUGGAUGAUACUUCCAAUUUUUAUGUGUAUUUUGACAUAUCUGUACCUGGUAAGGAUUUUUUUGUGGACUUAGAUAUUUUUAAACUUUGCUCCCAUCCUACCCUUUUGGUCGCACUUGGGGGUCAAAGGUCAUACCUUUGGGUGUAUAUUGCUCCGCAUUGCGAUAUUGCUCCACAUUGCGAUGCCCUUGUCUCACUCAGUACCUCUGGUCAGAUCACUCUGUGUCUGUACUAGUAGAGGAUUAAUUUUGCAUCCCAAGUGGCUGCAUUUGCGCUAUGUAAAGCGCCUUUGAACAUGUUUAUCAUGACAUAAAUAAUAAAUGGUAUGAUAUUAUUUAUCUUGAAACAUACACUUUCAUCUACAUCUACUGUGUACUGUCCAACAAUCAAUUCUGAUUAUAACUGAUCACACAGCUUACUUUAAUGUUAAGUGAUGAUCAUUGAUGGUGUUGUUUUUGUUUGAAAAUCAAGUCAUUACAUGUUCAUGUGAAAACUCAAAAAUAAAUGAUUAUUUCUUGAAAUAAAAAUGAAGUCCUUGUAAUGUCUCUUUACAGUAGGUAUUAACCUAAACCUCGUUUACACAUUGGGGACAACCUGUUUUCACUUGCAUACUGUUAUUCUUAAUCCUGUCCUUGCUAUUUUAUAAUCAGUAUGUCUGUUACCUGCAAUACAGGGUAGCUCUCUCAUGCAUCUGACAAUCCUCAAAACAUAGCGGUACUUGUAGAGACAUUGGUUGCAUGUCCGGUGUAAAAUAUAGUAAAAAUACCUGCAUAUACUUAAGAAAUAAUGUAUAGAAAACUGUGUUUUAACGUGUUUAAUACACGGAAGGAGGUUAUACAUCCGCAGAAUAAUUUCAUGAGGGCAUAGCCUGGAUGAAUUAUUCUGGUGACGUACAACCGAUUUUGAAUGUAUUAAUUUAGGUAGAACACAAUUUUGCUGUAUACAUUAUUUCGUUUCUAAUAUGCGCUUAAAUAUAAAACAGUAGAUAAAAUAUAGAAGUGCUCUUUCUUGGUUGUAACAAAAACGUUGACGUCAUCGCACAUUAACAUGACGUCAUUCUGGCAUAAGAGUGUUUUAAUAGAAACAAGGAUAUUAGUAAUCUUUAUAAACCGCCACAUACAGUACAACGGGGACCCUGUGGCCAAGUGGCUAAUGUCGCUAACUUCAAAUCACUUGCACGUCACAGAUGUUGGUUCAAGUUCCACUCGGGGCGUUGAAAUCUUCAUGUCAGCAAGCCAUCCAGCUAGGUUAUUGAAGGUUAAAUUGGUGGUUCUACCCAGGUGCCUGCCCAUGAUGAAAUAAUGCACAGAGGCACCUGCAUCAAAGGUGAAAAAUCAUCAUAUUUUCAUGCAGUUCAAUCAUUUCGAUGUUUGUUUUUCUGCAAAUAAACACUGUGUCACAAGAA